AUGGCCAGCUCUGUAGGACUAAGGAGUGGGAAUAUCCUCAUGCACCGGCAAAGUUUGCAAGCAUCACGGACCGCGUACACCAUUAGGACCUAUAACGCUCGGUGGAAUCAUGCACACAGACCCCUUCUCUUCUCAUCUCGGAGACUGAUGUCUACCGAGAGUGAGCCUCGCCCAACAGCGCCUCCGAGCGCAGGAAUACGAUUGUCAACGUUGUUCUACUCUCUGAUUGCCUUAGGUGUAGUGUCCACUGCAUAUGGCUUGUAUGAAAUAUAUAAGAUGUUUACUGCGUGGCCGCCCCCGCUCCGACCGGACCUACGAGCAGCCAUCGACGCGAAGCACAAGGGCAAUUACCCGUUGUCUGCCAAGCAUUUCCAACGGGCGUAUGACAUGGCGCUUGAGCUCCCCGUGACCGAACUAGGAGACCAACCCUACUUGAAGAUCUCCGGAGUAGCAAUCGCCCUCGGUGAAGUCCUCGAACUGGCGAAUCAACCCGAGGGCGCGUUGGAGUCCUAUAGCGAAGCGCUGGAUCUCAUGCGCAAGCAUAAAGAAGAGCUCACGGGGCCAGAACGCCUUCGUACUGUCGCUCUGGCUCACAAGCUGGGCGCUCUCGCUCAAGCACUCGGACGUCCGAACGCUGAAGAAGAGCAGUGGCGCGUAUUCGCUGUGGAGGAGGCUCUUCGUCUAGCCAAGGACACGACUGCUCGGCCCUCGCACGCCACAGAGAGCUCGGAGGCUGCUCUGGUAGUUCUCGCGGAGCUUGAUCUUCCCCGUUGGUUGCAUAAUGACGAUGUCGGCGCGCCUAUUGAAGCCCUGGGCGAGUUCUACGGGCGCACAGGACGGCUAGACUAUGCCUUACCACUCUACCUACAAGCCAUCUCAAUGCUUGUGCCUCCGCCUAAUUCGCCUAAGAAGGCCUCCCCAGAGGAGCUGUGCAGAGGCGCCCAACUGAUGAGCAAUAUGGCAGAGCUCAUCGUGCGCGAUGGGCCUCUCACGCAUGCGAAGAUACAUCAAGCUGAGGCGUGGGCAAAAAAGGCGCAAGAGAUACUCGCUAAAGCAUCAGCUGGUAGACCAUCCGGUGAUGUGCAAGGGGUAUGUGACCAGGCGUACGUUGUUACCCUGUUCAAUUUGGCAUCCCUUCGUGAGAUGGACGGAGAUCCGAAGAGCGCUAAAGAAUAUUUCCAGCGCGCUCAUGAGACCGCGACUCGCGCAGGACUUCGCGAGGGAACGGGUGAGGCUCGGCUUGCUCUCAUGCGAUUAGCCCGCACAGAGAACUCUUCGACGCAGAAGCCCACCACGCCCGAGCCGUAG